AUGAAGAGCCCCCCCACGGAGAGCCCCCCCACGGAGAGCCCCCCCCACGGAGAGCCCCCCCUCACAGAGAGCCCCCCCAUGAAGAGCCCCCCCCACGGAGAGCCCCCCCCAUGGAGAGCCCCCCCACGGAGAGCCCCCUCACAGAGAGCCCCCCCCAUGAAGAGCCCCCCCACGGAGAGCCCCCCCAUGGAGAGCCCCCCCACGGAGAGCCCCCUCACAGAGAGCCCCCUCACAGAGAGCCCCCCCACAGAGAGCCCCCCCCACGGAGAGCCCCUUCACCGAGAGCCCCCCCAUGAAGAGCCCCCCCACGGAGAGCCCCCCCCACGGAGAGCCCCCCCACAGAGAGCCCCCCCCAUGAAGAGCCCCCCCACGGAGAGCCCCCCCACGGAGAGCCCCCCCACAGAGAGCCCCCCCCAUGAAGAGCCCCCCACGGAGAGCCCCCCCCACGGAGAGCCCCCCCACAGAGAGCCCCCCCCAUGA